AUGGCCAAAAGCAUCAGAAGAAAACAGCCCAAAGACAAACAGCAACACAAAAAACCACCACACUCAUGGGCAGCAGUCAAAAGCCUCUUCACCUGCAAGUACCUCCAGGUACAACCCCCACAGCCCCACGUACAACCCUCCCAACAGAGAAAACCCGAGCCCGAGCCCGAGCCCGAGCCCAAGACACAAACCAAGCCCAUCAUUAAAAAGAAGCACCCCGCGGCCACCACGAAAAUCAAGUGCUCCGGCUCCAUAUGCAACAACACCAAGGUCAUGCAAAAGCCCGACCCGGGCCCGAAACCGUUUCCCGGAAGCCGGCCCGAACCACAUUCGCCCUCGGUUUCUGGGCCCUUUAGAGGAAUGCCGUUUCGGAAGUUGUCGGGAUGUUAUGAGUGUCGGUUUGUGGUGGACCCGGUUCUUGGUAUGUCGAAGGACCCGUCUUUGAGGGGCUCGAUUUGUUCGUGCCCCGAGUGUGGAGAGAUCUUCAUGAAAGCUGAGAAUUUGGAGCUUCAUCAGGCUGUUAGGCAUGCAGUAUCCGAGUUGGGCCCAGAAGACACGAGCAAGAACAUUGUUGAGAUCAUAUUCCAGUCCAGCUGGCUCAAGAAGCAGGCCCCCAUUUGCAAAAUCGACCGCAUACUAAAGGUCCAAAAUACCCCCACCACAAUAUCCAAGUUCGAAGAGUAUCGUGACGCCAUCAAGGCUAAGGCUACGCGGCAGCCCAAGAAGCACCCGCGCUGCCUGGCCGAUGGCAACGAGCUCCUACGGUUCCACUGCACCACUCUCAUGUGCUCGUUGGGCCUCAACGGGUCGUCCAAUUUGUGUGGGCCGAGCCCAACUUGUGGCGUGUGUAGCGUCAUCAAGAACGGGUUCAAGGUCACGUCCGAUGUCUCGUCUAUAGGUAUAUUGACAACUGCUACGAGUGGGAAAGCUCAUGACAGUUGUAGGGUCGGGUCGGAUAAUGAUCAUGGGAAGAGGGCAAUGCUGGUUUGCCGGGUCAUUGCAGGUCGGGUGAAGAAGAACCCGGACGGGAACUCGGAGGAUUAUGACUCGGUGAGUGGGUCAACCGGAGUUUAUUCCAAUCUGGAGGAGUUGUACGUUAUGAAUCCAAAGGCUAUACUGCCCUGCUUUGUUGUGAUCUAUAGAGGUUUUUGA